AUUACUGUCUUUUACUAAAGUCUGGCUAGGUAUAAAUAUACAUGCACAGGUCUACAUUCUAUUGGCUUUUAUAGUCAGUUGUCACACUACUCAAGAAGCUGUGGAGUCAUCACACCAAGAACAUCACUGAGAGUUUUGUUUACACUGUCCGCAUCUGUCGGAAAUUGCUGUCUGUUACACAACUGAAAUUGACUUAUGGAGGGUGGUCCUGUCAAGCCAAAUAAAACGGAGUUCACAGAAUGCUGGCGGACUUCAUUGAAAACACCCUACAUAAUGCGGCUUGCACUCUCAGCUGGCAUUGGAGGUCUUCUCUUUGGCUAUGACACGGGUGUUAUUUCGGGAGCUCUGCUUUACAUAAGAGAUGAAUAUAGUACGGUAGAGAAGCAUACUUGGUUGCAGGAAACUAUUGUUAGUAUGGCUGUAGCUGGUGCAAUUGUUGGCGCUGCAUUUGGCGGAUGGAUAAAUGACAAAUUUGGCCGAAAGAAAUCAAUCUUGCUAGCUGAUAUUCUGUUCUUUGCUGGUGCAGUAGUUAUGGCUGCUGCUGUUGGCCCAUGGAUGAUUAUUUUGGGAAGAAUUUUAGUAGGUUUGGGAGUUGGAAUGGCUUCAAUGACCGCCCCUCUUUACAUUUCAGAAGCUUCACCUGCUAGAAUUAGGGGUGCUUUAGUUAGUGCAAAUGGUUUGCUAAUCACGGGAGGGCAAUUUCUGGCAUAUCUUAUAAAUUUAGCUUUCACCAGGGCACCUGGAACCUGGCGUUGGAUGCUUGGAGCUGCUGGAGUACCAGCUGUUGUUCAAUUUGUAUUGAUGUGGUCACUUCCAGAAUCUCCUAGAUGGCUAUAUAGUCAGAAUAAGAUAGAAGAAUCAAGGGAGAUCUUGGCAAAGAUCUAUCCGGCUGAUGAAGCUGAGAAGGAACUGGAAGCCUUACAAUCAUCUAUUGAAGCUGAAAAGGCAGAUGCGAAAUCAAUAGGUGAAGGUUUUUUAGCCAAAGUACAGAGUGCUUUCAGCAACAAAAUUGUACGAAGGGGCCUAUAUGCUGGUAUUGCAGUCCAAGUGGCACAGCAAUUUGUGGGUAUAAACACAGUGAUGUACUAUAGUCCCACAAUUGUUCAAUUUGCUGGAUUUGCUUCAAACAAGACAGCUAUCGCCCUCUCUCUAAUCACAUCAGGUCUUAACGCUUUAGGAUCCAUCAUUAGUAUGGCUUUUGUUGACAGGUACGGGAGAAGGAAACUGAUGCUCAUCUCCAUGAUUUCCAUUAUAACUUGCCUCAUUGCCUUAGCUGGGGUAUUUUAUGGAGCCGCUGCACGUGCUCCCAGUAUCAGCAAUUUUGAGUCCUCUCAUUUUGGAGGGAACUCUACAUGUCCAAGUUAUAUUACUGCAUCAAAUCCAUCUUCUUGGAAUUGUAUGACUUGUUUAAAAGCAUCCUCAGAUUGUGCCUUUUGUGCCAAUGGCGCAAACGAAUAUCAUCCUGGAGCAUGUCUUGCUGUUAAUGAUGGUUCCAAAAGUGCAUGUCGAGCAGAUAACCGCACAUGGUACACUCAAGGCUGUCCAAGCAACAUCGGUAUCUUAGCAGUAUUACUACUCGGACUCUACAUUAUAUGUUACUCCCCAGGAAUGGGAACGGUACCCUGGAUUGUGAAUUCGGAGAUAUAUCCAUUGAAAUACAGAGGCAUUGGUGGGGGAAUAGCCGCAGUUUCAAAUUGGAUUUCUAAUCUUAUUGUAAGUCAGUCAUUCCUGAGCUUAACACAUGCACUUGGUUCUGCUGGCACGUUUCUUUUGUUUGCUGCUAUUUCAGCUGUCACAGGGACUGCAAUAUUCUUCCUUGUGCCUGAAACGAAAGGUCUAACGUUUGAAGAAGUCGAGAAGAUGCUUGAGAAAGGGUUUAAACCAAGCGUAUGUGGUAAUGACCCUGAUCCUGAUAAAAAGCUGGAUGGAACAGUUUAACUUAGGGUAUAGUUUGUCGAGUUUUGCAGUUAAAUCUUGUUAAUUAUCUCUACCGUGGACAUUUACUUUGUGAAAACAUAUUAACAUUCGCGUUUUAUUUCCUUGAAAUCGAUGGAAACUAUUUAGAUGUA